UUGGCUGCGCAGUUGCAACGUCUUAAUCCUCACUGGAAUGGAGAUCGUGUCUUUCAAGAGGCGAGAAAGAUCGUCGGCGGAGAGGUUCAUGCCAUCACAUAUAGGGAAUAUUUGCCCAAAAUUUUGGGCACUUCAUUCGCCAGCACAGUGGGCGAAUAUCGUGGCUACAACCCCAGUGUAGAUCCGACUAUCGCCAAUGAGUUCAAUUCUGGAGCAUUCCGAUUCGGUCACGGAAUGAUUCAGGAGUUCUAUCCAAGACUCGAUCAACGUCUUAUGAACAGCUCUUUCGGAGGUUUUAGCUUCGUCGAUGGUACACUUCAUUCGGAUCAUUUGAUCUUCCAGGGAGGUAUAGAUCCAAUUCUCCGAGGUCUGAUGGUGACACCAUUGAAAAGACCCCAACGAAUCACAACGUCAGUAACUGAGAAUAUGUUCGGAAGUACUGACCUGGCAACGAUUAAUAUUCAACGAGGUCGAGAUCAUGGCUUGCCACCGUAUGUCAGAUUUAGACAGUUGUGUGGCUUGAGCGGUGCACGAACCAUGGACGAUGUGAGUUUCAACAACUCGUAG